AUGUCAGCGUCGACUCAGCUGCACCUCCGCAACGAUCCUUCCGCCGAGGCCUCCUUAAAAACGACGCCACUGCUCCGCCAGCCCUCGAAAGAAGAGGUCGAAUUCGCCCAGAACCUCAGUCUCCUCCAGCAUGCCCAGGACCAACCCCAACCCGCCCGGGACUCGCACCACCCGCCGCCCGAAGUAACCGUCGAGAGGCCAAGCAGCGGUGGCAAACCCGCCGACACCUCGGAACACCAUUCGCUCGAGGACAUCCAGCACUUUCAGGCCAACGCGAACCAGUCCUCCAACACCCCGCAACCUCGAACUCUCUCUCCCUCGCCCGGCGCCACUUCCUCUCCCCGAGCGCAGGUCAGCAACGCGCCCAUGAACGGCCAGACGUGCAGCAACUGCGGCACCACGCGCACUCCCUUAUGGCGACGCUCACCAUCGGGCGAGCCGAUAUGCAACGCCUGUGGCCUGUACCUGAAGGCGCGCAAUCAGUCACGACCGUCAAAUUUGAAGAGGAACCUCUCUCAGGCCCCGACCAUGUCCGUUCAGCCUGGACAGUGUUCAUCCGAGGCCCAUGGAAGGAGCCAAUCCCCCUCAGGCUACCCGGGAGCAGCACAAUCCGCCUAUGUCACCGCGGAUCAGGUCACAUCUGGCACCUGCCCAGGUGGAGGACGCUGCAAUGGCACCGGCGGUCAACAGGGCUGUAAUGGUUGCCCCGCCUACAACAACCGUGUGUCGAAGACUGCACAAUACGCUCUCGCUCACGUGAGCGACGGAAAUGCGCAACCUGCAAAUCCUUCGUCUCAGGCCGACGGCGGUCACGCAGCCCCUGGAUCCCAGCAACACCUGGCAACCCCUGCUGGGGCGAGCGUAGUGCCCGCAUGUCAGAACUGUCGGACCACCGUCACGCCGCUGUGGAGACGCGACGAGCUGGGACACACGAUCUGCAAUGCCUGUGGUUUGUACUACAAGCUUCACGGCGUUCAUAGGCCCGUGCAGAUGAAGAAGCAAGAGAUCAAGCGCAGGAAACGAGUGGUGCCGGCCGCACCUUCAGAGUCUGCAAACCAUCUGUUUGCGCAGCAUCCACCAGCGCACUAUCAGCAGCAGCAUCUUCAGCACGCGAGCCAGCAACAGGCGCGCAGCCCCUCACAGUCCUCCGUCUCUCCCUCUGCAACCCAGGAAUCGUUUUCAGACAAACCCGAAUACUCCCGCUCGGACCAAGAAGUCGCCGCUCGACUUCAAGCCUCCAUCAACGAACCCUCACAUCACCACCACCAUCACGAAGAGCCGUCCCAUCGCUAUGCGCCGCCGCCAGUUGACUUUACCAGCUAUUACGGGCCGCCAGCAACAGCUGUUUCGCGCUCAGCACCGCAAGCUUACCCCACAUCGCCCGCCUCGUCGAUACCAAGCAAGCGCUCCGCAUCCGUUAUGGACGAAGACGAGCCGUUGCCAGACGCGCCGCGCUCCACGUCCAACAUACCGUCACUACUCAAUGCCGACACUAACAUCGACCCUAACCUGUCGAGCAUCAAUGCCGCGCCGUCGAGCAGCGGUGGUGCAGUUAGUUCUGCGAGCGCUGCUGAUGCGGCAACGCAUACGAGUCAGACGCCUACGCCGGCCAUGAGUCCCGAGCAGCGGAGAGCCAAGCGCGCGAAGCUGGAGAUUGAGAUGCGCGAGCUCAAGCGCAAAGUGCUGGACGUGGAGGAGGAGCUGUUGAUGCUGGAUCGGGAGGGUGGGGGUGGCAGUGCCAGUGGAGGCGGCGGGGACGAAGUGAGGAAGUGA